UAGCUGAGACAGCGUGUUAGCCAGCUAGCUAGCUAGUUUGUUGUCAACACAAGUGAACGAUUCACUUUAUUUCCCUAUAGAUUUCCUCAGUAAGUUAGAUAAGUGAUAUAUUAUCAGUAUCAGCGGUGUGUUGUCUGUAAUAGGAACUGCUGUGUGUUUAAUCAGAGCAGCCGCGCUGAACCAUGACUGAUAAGAAGCUGCAGUACAGAACCGAGGGGUUUCUGAUGAGCGCCUCUGCGCUCUUUAAAGACACGUGUACAGAGCAGGCUCGCUUCCUCAUGCAGAGGCAUCAGAUGAGUGCUCCUGCCCUGCCAGACACUGUGCUCUGCCCCUUUUGUUACCAGUGGCGCCAACCAGGCGAGUACCGUGUGAGGCUGCAUCCCAAACGCAGGCCGUCUGCGCAGGUGAGGAGGCUGCUCAGGAGAGAAGCAGCCCACAAGAGGCUCAGUGCUGGAGAAAUGAAGGUUCUCCAGAAAUUCAGAAAGGCCUCCAAUGUUCUGAUGGCCACCUGUCACGCUUGUAAUAAGACAUCCAGACAAGUUGGAAUUAACAGGGAAUUCUUGGCUGCCUUUUCAAAGACCUACGGCACCCCGAUGAGCACGGGCAAGCGCAAGACCCCUCAGUCAGCCAACAAGCCUACACCAAAGUCUGGAACCCAUGAGAAGACCCCACACAAAACACCACACAGAACACCAGCAUCAAAAUCCUCAGACAGCGGCAGCUCAUCAAAGUCAUCCAGCGUGAAGAAGUCUGCUUUCUCUCGUCUUAGGAAGCUCCUGAUGCUUGAGGACAGCCAGAAGAGUAAGAAAGGGGGUCUGAAAGACUUCCUCUCCUCUUUGUGAGGGCCUUAAGGGGCCACAGAAACCCCACAUCGGCAGGCUGUGGCCUACUUUGGGCAGCGCUCCUGGAAUUCAGAGCAGCUCAGAGAGUGGGGCAGGGGGUCUGGACCGCUGGUCACUUCACUCUGUGCAACAGUGCCACCUAGUGGUCCAGUCACUACAGCCUGGUCACAAACUCCAGGCUCCCAUAUUUCCAGCAGUCAUCACCCCCAAACCAACCUGGUGUUUCUUCAGGGGUCUCCCGGGACCACUUAUGUCCUGUUCUAGUUAAGGACUUGGAGAGAACCACAUGGUUAAUUACACAGCUUUCACUGAGGAGUUUCUAUUACAGCUGGUAGUCUGUAAGCACUGUUCUAUAAUCUGAUCUAUAAUCUGAUCUAUAAUCGAAUGUUGUAAUUUAUACUUAUAUCUUUGAUAUCUAGGAGGAAAGUGAUCCUAGUGGGAUGCUGUUGUUACAAGAUCAUGACUACUUACUUACUUUAUAUCAAUGCCUAUGUAACUGAAAUAUUUUGUACACUUAUGGUGCAUAUGGUGAAAGUUGUGGUGAUUGCUUGUGGUUUACCUGAUGUUUACAUUUGUUGGGCUGUUCUGGCCUGCAACUGUAUUUCAAAGACCAAAGAUAUGUUGUUGAAUGUGAUUCUCAUGCAGUAUUUUCAGCUAAAUACAGCUUGUUUGUAAAUCAUUGUUUUUUUUAUUUGUUCAUCACUUUCUAUUUUCAAUAAAUCAAGUCCAAAUCUGCAAA